UGAGCAUUAAUAAAUGUUAUCUUUAUGUUAAGGAUAACAUUAAUUAUGUGAUAUUCAGUAAUGCUCCAAGGUACAUUUUUUUGAAAAAAGAAACAAUAAGACUUAUGAUGGAAAAAGUUGACGACAAGGACUACGCCGCUAGGCAGGGGAUGGAAAAACAAUUAUCGGAGGACUGGCAGCAAGGGAGGUACUUAGCUACUUGCAUGGAAGAAAUGUUUGACCGGAGUCUCUGGACUGAUGUCAAGUUUCAUUGUAAAGAUCACGAGGAAGAUGAAACAAUUCAAGCGCAUAAAAUUGUCCUAGCGGCACGGAGCCCUGUGUUCCAGGCGAUGUUUUAUGGACCAUGCGCUGAUGGGAAAGACGAAUUUGAACUGAAAGACACAGAAAAAGACAUAUUUCUUUUAUUACUGAGGUACAUUUACAGCGACACUGUAACAUUGCGUGAGGAAAAUGCGUUUGCACUUUUAGAAAUGGCUCAUUUUUACCAAGUUUCAAGCCUUGUAAACUUCUGCGCUGACUACUUGGCCACCGUUAUUACACCACAUAAUGUUUGCGAAACUUUAACAUUUGCAAUGUUUUACAAACUUACAAGUUUAAAAGACGCAUGUUGUUCUAUUAUUGACAAUCAUGCAGAUCAAGUUCUACAGUCAGAGGGAUUCAUGAAUUUAUCGGACGCAUGUCUCCUGUACAUUCUGAAAGGUGACACUCUCUAUGCCAAAGAGGAAGACAUUCUAGAAACGACAGAGAAAUGGUCAAAAAAUAAAGCCAAAGGAAAUGGGAUGGAAGAAAAUGGCACAAACAUUCGUAAAUUGCUCGGUGACUCGUUUUACUACUUGAGAUUACCAACAAUGACUUCUAAAGCGUUGCUUGAAUAUACCAGUAGGAAAGGUUAUUUUUCUAUCGAAGAAUACGCAGAUAUUUUGGCUUUUGCCAACAAAGUCCCUGAUAAAUACGUUUCCACCAAUUCUUGCGUAGCACGGGUACCUGAGAAAGAAACGGUUCUAGUUAAUCCCCAAGACAGGGGGCUUAGUGAAUUGAAGGGCAUUAGCAUUUCAUUUGAGAUUUCCGUAUCAAGGAAUGUGUUGUUUUUAGGUCUUGUCCUGGGUGAAAUCAAUCCUUGCUUGAAAAACACCAAACCAAUCUACACUCAGGAAGGUCGGGAAAGUCACCUUUCAGGACACUAUGUUGGAGAAGUUCGCUAUUACGAAACAUUUCAUGCAGAGUUUGAUUACGAGUCUUACGUAAAUAAAGCGAUAAAAAUUACAACACUCCAUAGGCCAAGCUAUAUAAAUUACUACAUUACAGAGUUGAAAAAAUUGGAUGUGUUUGCGCUUCCAGAAAGCCUCCGUCUUGAUCUAUCAGGCAGUAUCAGCAUUAAUGGCCUUGACAGUAGGCAGACGUUUGAGUUACAGCAGUUACAACUUGAAGGCGGAGAAGUAAGUCUUAACCAGCCGAUAUUGCUUGAAAAGAUAAAAUCCCCAUAUAUCGUUAAUUUCAACCUUCGUUAUAGUGGUAAUAGUGACUUAAAGAUGAAGGCAAGAUGCUGUAAAAGCGACGAAAGUUUCUCAAGCGAAACUGGAAGCAUUCUAGUACGUAGUCUAUACGGAUGUUUUGCAGGAAUCAAAAGGAUCAGGUUUAUGAACUAUUCUAACCGUGAAAGACUGGACACGGAUCCAAAAGCAUGUGUCUGUGACUAUAAAGACUCCUGUCGAUGUUAGAUACCUCAAUCAAACCCCGAGUGUGCUGCCGUUUUACUAGGAUAUGCUUCCAAAAAGAUCGUCUACAAAUGUUUCUAUGCAGUCGGUUGUCUGGAUAUGGGUCUUAUAGGAAAAUGGAUGCUGGUAAUAUGAACAAAUACUCGAUUCGUUUCGCUUACAUGCUGUCGUACAAUUGGUUUAUACAAAUUGUGCCAGUUUGAACUUACGUAUCAGUCUAAACAUUAUGAAAUCAUUCGCAUCUGCGCUAAUUUUUUUUUUUUAUUUUAAGAUGGAGUAUAGCGUUAUAAGAUAGUUAAAAAAAAUAAUCAAAUUUUUGUAUCUUUAGGAUUAUAUUUGAAUAUAAGAUAAAUCUCUAUAAAUUUGGAAAGACAUUUGCGAACAGAUAAAACGGAACUGAUUAUAUUCCUUAGGGCUGCACAAAGAGGUAAAUAAAAAGAAAAAAAAUGUCUUAUUUCUUUUCAUUUUUACUAACGUUUGGAGCUAAAUUCUCGCUAGCAUGGUUUGUAGUAUUUGAAGAGACUAAGCCACACAUUUUUUGCGAAAAAUAAUUUCUCUCAAAAAUCCAUAAUAAAGUGAAUACAUGUACAUGUACUCUUAUUGACAUAAGAGUUUUGCAAGAUAUUCUUAAAAAUAAGUAAAAUUGUUGUGCAGACGGCAGUAAACCGUUGCAACGCUUUUGAAAUAUUACAGAAAAUUUACGUUCUUCUUAUAUUUUUAUCAAUAUCUAACUUUUAUUUUCACUCAUUUUAUCAUUUUUCAGUGUCAUAUAUACAUUAUAUGCCAAACUUGGUGGAAAUGAACAUGUGGAAAAAUUUCACCCAAACGGUGGGCGAGUAGCUUCAACCUUUAUCUCUGUGUAGUUAUAAACUCUGUGACCAGUUUUUAUCUGUAUAAUGGUUUCAAAAUCGUUCUAAAAAUGUAUACGUUUUAUAUACUUUUUAAAUACAUGUGUAAUAAUAAAGUUAUCGAAUGAAAUAUUAUGAAGCGUUAUAUGUCACAUAAUUGUACACUAUAAAAAGAGAUCUUUUCGAUGUAUUUCAUUUGUUUCUUCUUUAACUUGUAUAUUUUUAUGCCCGCUCGCCCCACCUUCGAGGAAGGAGGGGUAUAUUAUUUUGCUGAUGCCAUCUUGACAUGAUUUUGAUUUUUAGAUAAACUGGAUACAUGUAUUUAUCAAGCUAUGCUGACAGAUUUUUAAGAUUUCAUGCAUAAUAAAGAUUCUUCGAUAAAAUGACA